AAGUGAGGAAUUAUUAAGCAUUUAUCGCAUAUUUAACUCUAUGCAGUGUAAAAUUGGUCUUUGGUCUCAUUCACUCUCUUCUUUUUAAUAAUUCUGUCAGUUUUUAAUUUUGAAUAAUCAAACGCUAUGAUAAUGUUCAUUUGAUGUUUUGGUCUUUAAAAAGCCUAAUGAGGCUCUUAUCAGCUUAUUCUUUGUUCAAUUUAAUAUCAUAGAAAAUAGAACAUGUCUUGCAACUUUAUAGAGAACAAAAUUGUAAAAUGCCGUUUUGACUGUCCGCGACCGGGGUUGAUUCCUUCAGUCUUGGUCAAGUCCUGUCGCCCUUUGAAGUCAAUGGUCUAACCUUGCGCAAACAAAACACUCAAAACCAUCCAUGUGUGCGUUAUCAAUGCGCUUCAUCCUUGCUCAUCUUCCUCUAUCAUCUUCCACACCUCCUCUUCUUCCUCUCUCUUUCUCUCUCUCUCUUUCUCUCUCUCUCCUUCAUGUCCAUCCGUCUCCUGCUCCCUCCCUCUGUGCCCCUCUUUACGCACAAAACAAGUGAGAGCGCGCACCAGGCUACAGCGAAAGAAAACCAGAGGAGACAAUAGACUGACAAUAUUUUGGGUCAUCAUGCCGUUUGGACUUUUGCGCAUAUGAAUUAUGCACUGUGGGUUGUGAGGCAUAGGCUACACAAUAAUAAGAGUCUUUUCCUGGAUCAAAGUUUCCUCCAGUUUUUCAUGCUGCCCACGGAAAUCUCUGGAGGAGUGUGUUUCACAUCAAGCGAUCACACUGAAGGUCGCAGAGAAGGGAUGAAAACAGAGGAAAGCCAACAGUCCUGUCUUCAGCAGCCUCCGUCCUCCACGCCUUUUGGUCCAGAGUUCAGAGGUGGGGGAGAGCUGUGCGCGGGUUGUGAGUCGCCUAUCGCCGAUCGCUUCUUGCUACGCGUAAACGAGCGCUCUUGGCACGAGACGUGCGUAAAAUGCGCCGUGUGUCUGAGCGCGCUCAGCGGCACCUGUUACUGCAGAGACCGUCUCCUCUACUGCAAACACGACUAUGAGAAGUUGUUUGUGAGGAAGUGCAGCGCGUGCCUGCAGGUGAUCGGGCGCUCGGAGCUCAUUAUGCGCGUGCUCGGACAGGUGUAUCACUUGGGGUGCUUCAGCUGCUGCGAGUGCGAGCGCCGCCUACAGAGAGGUGAUGAGUUUGUGCUAAAGGAGGGCCAACUGCUCUGCCGCAUGGACUACGAGAAGGAGCGGGAGAUGUUAGCCGCUAUUAGUCCCACUCCAACUGAAUCAGUGAAGAGUGAGGAUGAGGAGGGAGGAGGAGGAUCUGGUGGAGGAAAGGGUGGAGACGAAGGCAAGGAACACAAGCGAUCCAAAAGACCUCGCACCAUCCUGACCACACAGCAGCGCCGAGCUUUCAAGGCAUCGUUUGAAGUGUCCGCUAAGCCCUGCCGCAAGGAGGCAGCUGGCCUGAUGAGAGUUGACUGGGGGAAGAUUCGAGCCGCGCUGUAA